AUGAAGCCGAGAAGAUCAACAAAAAAACAAAACCAUAACAGGCUACAGCACACCUCGAGUACGUUAGGAACGGAUAGAAUCUCGGAGAAAGCGAAUAAGAAAGGGUGGAAAGUGGCCUCAACGACGACGUUUGACAGAGCUGAGCCCUUGAGGCUCGACGCCUUCUUCACGAAGACCUGUUUUUGCAAAUUCGCCGGCAAAAGCUACACCAACUCGCCGCCGAGGCGGAGGAGUCACGUCAAGCCAGGAACGACGCCGCACCGCCAAGGCUGGUGGCCUGGACAUGCUCGUAACUAUAGCAUAACAGGGAAUGAUAUUAGGUGGGGACAAAAUCAUAAGGGACCUUUUUCCACAUGCAUGCACCGCCUCUCUCAGUUUCAGUCUCCAUCAACGGGCAAAUUCGGAAUUAAUAAAGAUGACGAGUGCAAGGGGAAA